AUGUCCUCGUACGCAAGCACGAACACCGAUGAAUCUAGCGAUACGGACGUCGAGCGAAGCGGAUCAGAGACUGGAGAUUCGGAAUCCAAUGAGGGGCCUGUGCACUCCGAGGCCCAAGCGCCCCCGCCUUUUCUAUACCCUGUACCCCAUUCGAUUGCCGAAGAGGUGCAUGCAGGUCCCACCGGCUUUUCCACCCCUCGAGCGCCCACGUUCACUGCAGCCCAUCAGGCCGACCAACUACAUAUGCAGGGACCCAGAUUUGUUCCCUCGCCUAUUCGGACUACGUUCGCGCGUGCGCCCAUGACGCACAGCUACUUGCAGCGUGGAUCUUCCGGUCGCACGCCUCGAUCGAGUCAGCCAACUUCGCCCAUGGAGCUGAAUCUCGGCGAGCACUCGGCCGUGGAUCAGCGGCAGACACAGAAGCUCUCGCCGACGAGCCAUGGUGGUCGGGCCGACACGGGGCCUGAUUCCGUGCCGCUGACACCAUCGGCCAUUGCGUUUCGCCGCUCAUCGACGGUGGGUAUGCCUACGAUGUGGAUGACAACGUCGCAUUCGAAUGCGCCCAGCGCCGUCAAUACGCCUACGGCAACUAACUUUGGCCAGCGCACACCGUCUGUGGCCACUCAGCCGGCCAUGUACUUCUCUACGCCUGGCUUAUCCGUUUCGUCCGCACACGGCAGCUCACGCGACGGCUCUCCCCGCUUGAACCGUAUUCCCAAGACGGACCCGUCGCCUACCAUGGGGUCCUUCCGGCUGGACCCUGCGCCAGCAGGUCCGCUAUGGAAGCGGCGCAUGGAGUACAAGCACCCGAGCAAGACGGUGUAUGGCUUCGCGACGAAAGAGGAUGAGCUGGCGGAGGACCAGGACCGUGCUGAGGAGCUAGCGUCUCGUCCUGCGACUGAGGGGCGUGAUGCCUCUUGGUUGCAGCAGCGGAAGAGUGCAACGCCCAUGAGCAGUCGGCGCUCUAGUUGGCAGACGACGACCCCGUCUGUGACCUCGGAGGGCGCGGAGAAGCUUCCGCAGUACACUUGCACGGUCCAUAUUGAGGGCUUUUUGCCGCGCAAGAUGGAGCUGAUUGCUCCGGGCCAGCCCGCGCGCGACCGCGGCUGGGAGUCGCUCUACUUUGUGCUGCACGGCACUGUGCUGCACGUGUACAAAACGGACAUUUCUCUGCUGUAUAACAAGAGUGUGUCGGUGGACGUCAUCUGGGGCCUGGCCAAGACGCCUCAUGUCCAUACCGUGCCGCUGAACGAGAGUUUGCACGACAACGAACCCGCGAGCGAAGAGCACGACAAGCGUGAUGCAGUGGCGCAUACCAAUGCCACCGGUCUCGAGGCGCUGCUCUCCAAGAGCAUUGACGUUAAGUCGUUGACGAACUCGAGGCUCCACGUGUCGGCCCCGGCUGAUCUCCCCCCCAAAGUGCCUGCAUCCAGCCAGCUUGAAUAUGACGAGCAGAUCAAGCUGGUGCACAAGGCCCUGCAAGAAAAUCGCAUUCAUUCCUAUUCGAUGGAGCGCGCGCAGUGCGGCCUCGCUGCCGACUACACCAAGCGCCAGCAUGUUGUUCGCAUGAAGGUGGCCGGCGAGCAGUUUUUGAUCCAGACCCGCAACAACUUCCAUGUGGUCGACUGGAUCGAGGCGAUCCAGGCCUCGGUGAACGUGUGCAUGGAUUUGGACACGCGUCCCAUGCCCAGCUUUAUCACAUUGCCGCGCCGCCGCCGCCGCCGCCACGGCAGCGAAGCUGUGUCACUCAACCAUCAUUCCGCUCAUUCAUCACACGCAGUGCCCUCAUGA